AUAUACCAUAUCGCCCCACCCCUUCACAUGAUGACGAAGUGAUGGUGUUAUUGCUUCAGUGUGUUUCUCGUCUUAAAACCGAGCAUUCCUCUAAACGAGAAUUAAACGACUGGCGCGUAUCCUGCUGACAGUCUUCCUUAAAUACACGUGCAAACACAUCUUCCCCACAUUGUCUUCACCCACACUGUGAUCGUGGUGCUGAUAGGCAGACGUUGGCUCUGAAAAUCUCAGAUCUGUCUUCAACAUGUCUGGCCCAGGCUACCCAUCUCCAAACCAGCCAGCCUAUCCCAUGGGAGGUUUUGGAGAACCUGGAAAGGGGGCCCCACCAGCAGGGUUCCAAGCAGGAUACCAGCCAGUUCCAGAUCAGCCAAUCAUGUAUCAGCCUGGACCAGCUAAUCCAGCAUCUCAACAGGGCCAACCAUAUGGAGCACCUGUAGCUGCACCAGUUUCAGUUCCUGCUGGAGUACCACCUGGUCUGGAGUACCUCACUCAGAUCGAUCAGAUUCUUAUUCAUCAGAAGGUGGAGUUGUUAGAGGCAAUCAUUGGCUUUGAGACCAACAACCAGUAUGAGAUCAAGAACAGCCUCGGUCAAAAGAUCUACUCUGCCAAAGAAAAAAAUGACUGCUGCACACGCAACUGCUGUGGUGCCCUGCGCAGCUUUGACAUGAAGAUCAAAGACAACGCUGAUCGAGAGGUCAUACGACUCAUCCGCCCUUACCGUUGUGUCUCCUGUUGUUGCCCCUGCUGCCUGCAAGAGAUGGAGAUACAGGCUCCUCCAGGAACGACAGUAGGGUACGUGAAGCAGGACUGGCACCCCUGUUAUCCAAAAUUCUCCAUCCAGGGCCCAAACAAGGAGACUGUGAUGAAGCUUGAGGGGCCCUGCUUGGCAUGUAACUGCUGUGGUGAUGUGCACUUCGAGCUCAAAGGUAAAGACGGUACUGGGGACCCUAUCGGUCGAAUCAGUAAGCAGUGGAGCGGCCUGUUGAAGGAAGUCUUCACUGACGCUGACAACUUUGGCAUCCAGUUCCCUAUGGACAUGGAUGUUAAGAUGAAGGCUGUACUAAUGGGUGCUUGCUUUCUAAUUGAUUUCAUGUUCUUUGAAAAAGUGGGAGACUCAAAUCAGCGCAAUUCUGUAUUCUCUUAGAGCUCCUGGUAACCAAAGGUAUAGACAGCUGGCACUGCAGUGAAUCCAAUGGAAAUGUUCAAGGUCAUUUUGAAGUGUUCACGUGGCCAGCAAUAUUUACAGUGACAGGCUAGGUUAUAUCAGUAACUGUUCAGUGUUGGCUUUUAAACAAUCAUAGCCUAGAAUUUGAAUUACUGUUACAAUAGUUUCUGAGCUAAUAUUUACAUCUUUUUGUUACUUUAAACUUCUCUUUUUUUAUUAUAAAUAAAAUGUAACGUGCAACCCUAUGCAUGUAUAUGUAGACUUAUUUCUUGCAUAAAGUAGAUUUUUUCAUUUUUUAAAGGAAAUUCUGUUUUAUUUUGCUAAAUGCAAAGCAUUUUCAUUAAAACAUGCAGAUGUUCCUACAGCCAAGUAAUGCAUGAUGAUAUGGGUUACAUGCAAGUUGACUCUGGCAACAGCUAAAAAAAAAAUAAAAAAAAAUAGUUGGUAUGGUUAGCAUGGUUUUCUGUGUGAUUUACCUUGGGUAGAAGCCAGUUUGUUAUUAAUAGUUUUUUUUUUUUUUUUGGUGUGUGUCUGAAGAAUGGGUGUCCUACAGGGGGCGCUUGUCAGUUUAUAAAACCCAGCCUCUCAAAGAGUCCAUUUUAAUUAUUAGGAUGAUGUUAAAUAUGAAUUAUUUGCCACACACACAUACACACACC